AUGAUAAGAAACUCUGAAAUUGAGUUUGUUCAAAAUAGGAUUUCCGAAUGCCAUGGGAAGCCUGGAGCUAUGUGGAAGAUUAUACGUAAUUAUGGCCCAACAUCUAGAGCGCCUGCAUCUACAGUUCAAUGCACCAAAGAUAUUCGGGCGACAGCCGAUGAGUUUAAUGAUUACUUCACCUCUGUUGGUCAGAACACGGCAGAAACUGUUCUUAAUUUAGCCAGUGAGUACAAUAUAGAUAUGUCUUCAAAUACAGCUCCACCCGUUACACUUGUGUCAGAACAGUUUGAAUUUAAACCAAUAACUCAACAUGACCUUGAGACUUGCAUUGGUAAAAUGCCUGCCAAUAAAUCGCCUGGAGCUGACAAGAUUCCUAUGAAACUUUUUCAUGACUGUCUGUCCAACAUUUCCACUCCAUUGACAGAUAUUAACCAGUCGUUUGAAACAUCAGUGUUUCCAGAGGACUGGAAAUACACGGUAGUUGUACCUCAUCUCAAAGAAGGGGACCAUGAAGAUGCCAGAAACAAUCGGCCAAUCUCACUUUCACAAUCUGCUUCUAAGAUAAUUAUGUGAGAGAAUUGCCUUAAAUCAAUUUAUGAAUUACUUGGAUGCAAAUGACUUACUCACAAAUCACCAGAAGCUUAUGAUAGUAUAAACCAUGACUUACUUCUUGGCAAACUCAGAAGCCUAGGAGUAUCGCCAUCAGCACUUAGAUGGUUUUGUAGUUAUCUAACAGGCAGGAGACAAGCCGUACGCAUUGGAUCAACUUUGUCCAGUAAGCUACCGAUAAAAAAUGGGGUUCCACAAGGUUCAAUUCUUGGACCUAUCUUGUUCAGCUUGUAUAUUAAUGACUUACCUACUGUUGCACAGCACUGUAACAUUGAAUCGUACGUAGAUGAUUCCAAACUAUUUUUGGCUUUCUCCUUAAACGAAUUAGAUGAUGCUGUAGCCAAAGUUAACCAAGAUCUGAAGUUGACCUUUGAAUGGUGUUGCACCAACUACCUACUUAUCAAUCCUACUAAGACAAAG